UGAUCAAAUCAGCCCAGAGAGUCCCUCUCUUGGCGAAGUUUCUCUAUUUCAGCUCAUGUGGGCAGCCGCCGUGCUCGUUCAACCGAUCGGCCCUUUUCCGGCAGCCGUUCCGGCUCCGUCAAGCCCCAAACUCUUCUUUUCCCCCUCCGAAAAAAGCACAGCCUUUCGCUUGGUGUCUUUUCCCUUGCCGGAAAAGUUCAAGCUACCGGCGUCGAAGAAACAGCAGCUUCCCGAGCUACGGACUCCAAUCCGAGAUGACGAGAAAACGGCGUCCGUUGAGGAGAAGGGUGCCGCCGGAAAUGAUCCUGGAUGGUUUCCUGCUUUUCCUCACGUUCUGUUGGCUUCCAUGGCCAAUUUCCUCUUUGGCUAUCACAUUGGAGUAAUGAAUGGCCCUAUUAUAUCCAUUGCGCGAGAGCUUGGUUUUGAAGGGAACUCAAUUCUUGAGGGGCUUGUUGUGAGUAUAUUUAUAGUUGGAGCAUUUAUUGGGAGCAUUGGCUCUGGUAUGCUGGUUGAUAGACUCGGGUGCAGGCGCACAUUUCAGCUUGACACAAUACCACUUAUUCUUGGUGCCAUUAUAAGUGCACAAGCCCACUCCUUGGAGGAAAUUCUCUGGGGAAGAUUUCUUGUUGGCACUGGAAUUGGUGUGAACACUGUUGUUGUUCCUAUUUAUAUUUCAGAGAUUGCCCCGACAAGGUAUAGGGGUUCCCUUGGGACUCUCUGUCAAAUUGGAACAUGCCUUGGAAUGAUUUCAUCACUCUUUCUAGGAAUUCCCUCAGAACAGGAUCCCCACUGGUGGAGGAUGAUUCUCUAUAUUGCAAGUGUACCUGGAUUUAUUUUAUCACUGGGUAUGCAGUUCUCUGUAGAGAGCCCUCGGUGGCUAUGUAAAGUAGGAAGACUAGCUGAUGCUAAAGAAGUUAUACGUAAUCUCUGGGGACCGUCUGAAGUCAACAAAGCAAUUAGAGAGUUUCAGUCUGUCAUCUGGGAUGAUGAUAGAGGUGAUUUGGAGAGCAGCUGGUUGGAACUCCUAGAGGAGCCACACUCUAGAGUUGCACUAGUUGGGGGUUCUCUUUUCUUUCUUCAACAGUUUGCCGGCAUAAAUGGAGUUCUUUAUUUCUCAUCAUUGACUUUUCAAGAUGUUGGAAUUACUGGCAGUGGUUUAGCAAGCUUAUAUGUUGGAGUCACCAACUUUGCAGGUGCACUUUGUGCUUUGUACUUGAUGGAUAAGCAAGGGAGAAAAGAGCUUCUAAUUGGAAGUUACUUGGGGAUGGCAAUAUCAAUGUUUCUCAUAGUUUGUGCUAUCAGCUCUCCAAUAGAUGAAGAACUUGCUCACAACUUAUCCAUUUUUGGCACGACCUUGUACAUAUUUACCUUUGCCAUUGGAGCUGGGCCAGUUACCGGGCUUCUUAUACCAGAGCUCAGUAGCAACAGGGCGCGUGCGAAGAUCAUGGGCUUCAGCUUCUCGGUUCACUGGGUUUGUAAUUUCUUGGUUGGCCUGUUCUUCCUCGAACUUGUGGAGAAAUUUGGGGUCGCUCUAGUUUACGCAACCUUUGGAGCAGUUUCCUUGUCGGCUGCUGCUUUCGCAUACUAUUUCAUAGUCGAAACUCGAGGGCGUUCUCUUGAGGAGAUUGAGAUGUCUCUAAACCCUAAUUGCCAGAAGGAUGAUUCUUAGUCGACAUCCCUAUUCCUUCAAUGGAAGUUUGAGAGAUGACAACAGAAAACUCUACAUCAAUGCCUGAGCUUAGUUGCAGAAGAGGACUUUCAAGUUCAGUGAAAGGAUUCUGGUCUCUCAUCAACUGUGGCGUGUAAACAAAGAACAAGGCAUGGAAGAGCCCAAUGUUCCAUAACAUUUGAUCAAUUAUGUUUUUCUGCAUUUGCUUAUGUUGUUCCUAUUCUUUUUCGAGUAAGAAUAACAAUAUUCGAUCCAAAAGUUCAGAUCGAAUUUGUGGGUGAAAAUCCUAUUUUGCCCUUGCAUUAGCAUUGUCCUGCGAGUAAAUAAUAGGGGUGCCUGUAGCUUCUUAUUACAUAGAAUAUCAAAAUUUACACUAAUUUGAUCUGCCAAAUUUCAGUGU